GUGACGAGCACAUUACGGAGUACAUAUAUUAUUAAUCACGAUGGCGAGCUUUUUGAGAGAAACUCCGGCUUCGGUUGGCCUUGAAAGUUCGUUCCAUUGGGUUGCACCGCUGUCGAAUUCGGCGACAUCGACUACUUAAUACGAGUCGGCCCCGGGGUUGGCAAAAACUAUUCACGGUCAAGGCCCUCCCUUCUCCAACGAAUUCUGGGAACCAUGACUCCUCGAGAGACUAACACAUACAGAUACUCAUUCACCUUUCUCACGUUCUGUCCCUCUGAGCCACUGAAAUCACGCUUUUGCACAAAGCAAAGCUAACAAAGCAAGCCGCGCCAAAGUGUCUUACGGAGAAACUCUGGCCGGGGCUCUCCAAGGGUCACUUGCUGUUGAAAGUGCCAGCAAAGCCCUUGAAACCUCUCAAAGGAUUCCUGCCUCAAGAUUAACAUAUAGCUCUCUAGUUUAGAUCUCGCCUUUUCUUUUCUUUUUUUUUUUUUCUCCCGGGCCUCCAACAAUCGAUAUGCUACGGUUGACGGGGGUUAUACCUCGCUUCGGCCUCACCGUUUCCGUUUCCCUCCCCAUCGUUUACUUUAUCUGCGUCGCACCCCUCGCUUUCCUUCUUUACAUCGAACUCACCGAUCGCCGGUCUCGAUCUCGACAGCCGAGAGGAUGCCGGAAACUAGGACUGAAAUCCUGUUCCAACUUAGCCGAUGAACAUUCCUACAACACGCGGGGGGUACAUAAACGCUCCAAGGAUGAUGCGGGGAAGAAGAUCAGAGUCAAGGCUCUCAUCGUUUAUCCUAUUAAGAGCUGCGCCGGGGUGGAGUUCAACUUCAUUGAUGGCACCGACACGGGCUUGAUGUACGAUCGCCAGUUCGCCUUCGCGGAGUACGUUGAGACCCGGAACGCCGAAGGAGAGCCAAAGACGAAUGGGUCAGCUGAAAAGAAUGCCACCACCGGCCGUUGGGACUGCCGCACCCUUCGCGACGGCAAAUUCAGCAGAAUGGCCCUUGUCCGACCGGAGAUCUGGAUUCCAGAUCCUUCAUUGCCGUCGUACUCUCCCAAGGCUCCUGCGGUCCGUUCGAAGGGUGUCCUGGUGAUCAACUACCCCAGAAUCGCGACGAGUUUCUUGACCAAACUUGGCAUGAAGCUCAAUCUCUGCUCGCGAGAGGAAUCGUUUCAAGUACCACUCUACCCGCCGGAUGGCGAGUACCCUUCCAUUCCAUUCCGCAUAUUCAGAGACACACCCAACGCCUACAAUUAUGGCGACCACAUCCCUUCUUCCCUGGCUACCUUCCUCGGAAGCACCAAGCCACUCUCGCUAUUUCGCGUUGAUCCGGAUCACUACCGCCCCGUGCGCGGGAACGCGCCACCCGCAGCGGACCUCGGAUUCGAGCCAACGAUGGGUUUUCCGGAUGAGUACCCGGUUCAAAUGCAAAACCUAGCCAGUAUCAGGAACAUCGCGGAACAGGUUCAGUACGCAAUUCCCAAGUUUUCUGUCCGCAGGUUCCGGCCGAAUAUCGUGCUUGAAGGAUUAGAAGCGUACGAUGAGGAUGACUGGAAGCGCAUUCGCAUCGUGCAGGGUCCGCGGAGCAGGAAAGCGCCUCCUUCAUCUGCCGAAGGCGAUCAAGACGAUGAACACAAAGACGAAGGAAAAGGUGUUGAUGUCAUAGUUGCGUGUCGCACCGUGAGAUGUCGGCUCCCGAAUGUUGACCCAGACACGGGCGAGAGACAUCAGGUCGAGCCGGAUAAGACGCUGAGGUCGAUGAGGAACAUCGACGCGGGGGCGGGGAAGAGUGGGUGUUUGGGAAUGAUGCUUGUGCCUGUUGCUCGAAAAUUCACUCUCCAUGUCGGUGAUGAGAUCGAGGUCCGAGAGAGAGGAGAGCAUUUCUACGUCAAAGGUUGAAAUGGGCCUGAUCUAUUUUUCUUCGAGGUCAACCGGCAAAAGGGCGUUCUCAUUUGCCGGCAUUAUAUUAUUGUUACAUGCCGGGGCAUUUACGUAUUUAUUCCAGACGGCACUGUAGAGGCACGUUUUGCAUGAGUUUGUGCCAUUUUAACGACGCAUCUCCAGCGCUCUACGGUUUCUUUGCACAGUACACGCUGCACAUACGUACGGUUUUCAACAAUAUUACCCUCAACCAAGUACUGUACAUAAGGCACUUCAAAGGGUACCCUCAAGAGAACAGGAUCGUACUUUAUGUCUCAGACGAAUCAUGAUUUUUUUAGGAGGAAUUUGACCAGUCAAAGACACUGCCGGUACAUUUUGACUUGAUCGACAGCCCUCGUUAUCACCAUUCCAUGUCACUUCUCUCUCUUUUUUGGACGUAUGCAUAUGAAAGCAUGCCUAUCGCUGGACAACAGGGUGCCGAUUUCAGGCGACGUUUUAGUUCCAGCCAGGUAGUAUCGAUCGCUGGGUCAGUAGGUUUCCCCGUAAAAUACGCCUGGCUGAUAGUUAAUUCUUCGAAAACGGUCGGGGAAAUACUGCGAUACGCCUUGCCUGAUUGUUCCGGGGGGGUUAGGUUAUCAGUGGUUAUCAGCGAUAGCAGAAAAAGAAAAGAAAAACAGAAAAAUUCCCUGGAUUGGCGAGCUGAACCUGGUCACAUAACAUCAGCAAAGCGAGGCAGAUUCGCGAAAAGUUGGUUCCCGCUGCAGUGAUAUGAAAGGCCAGAUAAAGAUUUCGCCAAGCUCUCCUCGAGUUCUGCAGGGUUGUACGGAGUACGGAGUAGACUAACUGGUUAACUAAAUCCCCGGAUAUUCAAUUCGAA